AUGGAGAAUUCGACGACAGAAAAAGGUGGUGGUGGUGGUCCGUCAAAGUUCCUAGUGAAAAUUUACCAGAUGGUUGAUGAUCCAUAUAUUGAUAAUAUAGUAUCAUGGAGUCAAAGCCACAACAGUUUCAUCAUUAAGGACCCUGAUGAAUUCGCUAGCAAUCUUCUUAGCAAGUAUUUCAGACACAACAAUUUCUCCAACUUUGUUUGUCAGCUCAAUACCUAUGGAUUUCACAAAAUAAAACAUGAUCAAUGGGAGUUUGCUAAUGAGUAUUUUCUGAAAGAUCAAUAUUAUCUUCUUGGUAAUAUUCAAGGCAAGCAAAUUGUUCACAAUCACUCUCUUGGAGAAGUAGAAAGGCUAGCAUUUGAAGAAGAAAUUGAGAAACUUGAAAAUGAAAAAUCCUCUAUUGAACUAGAUAUUUCUAACUUCAAUCAGUACAUGCCAACUAAAAAGCUUCAUGUGGAUAAUCUAGUGCAAAGAUUAGAAGCAUCAGAGUAUAGGCUUAGUAAUUUGAAGAACUCGUUUGAAAUGGUUCUUCAAUACCUAUGUACGUCAUAUAUUCUUUUAUUAUUUGAUUUAUUAUGCCUAAACUCAAUUACAUUUUUUUAUUAUUCUCAUAGAUUUCUUUAACCAUUACAUUUUUUAUUUUUAAAAGGUGGUUCAUACUUUAAAUGUCGAAUCUGUUCUGUCUCUAAGUUUUUUAUUUAGGCUACAUCAAUCGAGAUGGUUUUUGCCCUAUACAAAUUUGAUGUCUAAUAUAUUAUGGUUCAUUGUUAUGUCUUUCAA